AUGGAGGGCCUGUCAACUAGGGGACCACCUGGCCAUCCUCACCAGAGGGAGACCUCGGCCUGCUGGCGGCUCACCGUGAAGGUUCUGGAGGCACGGAACCUGCGCCGGGCUGACCUGUUGAGUGAAGCAGACCCAUACGUGACCCUCCAGCUGCCAACAGCACCGGGAAUGAAGUUUAAGACCAAAACGGUCGUCAACUCCAGUCAUCCUGUAUGGAACGAGACCUUCAGUUUCCUAAUCCAGACUCGGGUCAAGAAUGUUCUAGAGCUCAGCAUCUAUGAUGAGGACUCAGUUUCGGAGGAUGACGUCUGCUUCAAGGUUCUCUAUGACAUCUCAGAGGUCCUCCCUGGCAAGCGGCUCCAGAAGACCUUCUCUCAGAGUCCUCAGGGGGAGGAAGAGCUGGACAUGGAGUUCCUGAUGGAAAAAAGGUCGGCAGACCACUCAGAAAACCUCAUCACCAAUGAUGUCCUUGUGGCCCGAGAGCUGUCAUGCCUGGAUGUGUGUCUGGACAGCGCAGGGAGCACCGCUGUGGUCAAAGAUCGAGACAAACUGGAGCUGGAGUUAGUGCUGAAGGGGUCUUACGAGGACACACAGACCUCCGCCCUGGACACAGCCUCUGCCUUCCGCUUCCACUACAUGGCGGCCCAAGAGACAGAGCUGAGUGGAUGCCUGAGGAGCUCCACAAGCCAUGGCUGGAACUGGGACAACGUAGCUGGGCAUCUCACUGUGCCCCUGAGGCCCUUGGCCACGGGGAAGGAGGCGACCAUCGAUGUUCCUGCUGCAAAUGCCCCAGGAGUGAGGCUGAGACUCAAGGCGGAGCACUGCCCAAAGGAGCUGGCUGUACACCUGGGCUUUGAGCCCUGUGCUGAGGAGCAGGCCUUCCUGAGCCGGAGGAAGCAGGUGGUGGCCAAGGCCCUGAAGCAGGCCCUGCAGCUGGACAGAGAUCUGCAGGAGGAUGAGGUCCCCGUGGUGGGCAUCGUGGCCACAGGAGGAGGUGCCCGAGCCAUGACCUCGCUCUACGGCCACCUACUGGCCCUGCAGAAGCUGGGCCUCCUGGACUGUGUGACCUACUUCAGUGGCACCUCAGGCUCUACAUGGACAAUGGCCCACCUCUACGGGGACCCUGAGUGGUCGCAGAGGGACCUGGAGGGUCCCAUCGGACACGCCCGAGAGCACCUGACCAAGAGCAAGCUGGAGGCCUUCUCCCCAGAGCGCCUGGAGAGCUACCGCCGGGAGCUGGAGCUGCGGGCUGAGCAGGGCCACCCCACCACCUUCGUGGACCUGUGGGCGCUGGUGCUGGAGUCCAUGCUGCACGGCCAGGUUAUGGAUCAGAAGCUGUCAGGACAGAGAGCCGCACUGGAGCGGGGCCAGAACCCCCUGCCCCUCUACUUGAGCCUCAGCGUCAAGGAGAACAAUCUGGAGACAGUCGACUUUAAGGAGUGGGUCGAGUUCUCCCCCUAUGAGGUCGGGUUCCUGAAGUACGGGGCCUUUGUCCCUCCUGAGCUCUUCGGCUCUGAGUUCUUCAUGGGGCGACUGAUGAGGAGGCUCCCCGAGCCCCGGAUCUGCUUUCUGGAAGCUAUCUGGAGCAACAUUUUCUCCCUGAACUUGCUGGAUGCCUGGUACGACCUCACUAGCUCUGGGGAGGCCUGGAAGCAGCAUAUCAAGGACAAGAUCAGGAACAUAGAGAAGGAGACCCCUGCCUCCUCAAGGAUGUCCUCAUGGCUGGAUCCCUUGUGGCUGCAGCCAGGAACGAUGCUGGCCCAGGCAUUUAAGGGCUUCCUGACGGGCAGACCACUCCACCAGAGCAGCUCCAACUUCCUCCAGGGCUUGCAGUUGCACCAGGACUACCGCAGCCAGAAGGACUUCUCUACCUGGGCAGACUGCCAGCUAGACUCCACUCCUGGCCAGCUGACCCCCCAGGAGCCUCAGCUCUGCCUGGUCGACGCCAGCUACUUCAUCAACACCAGCUAUCCCUCCAUGUUCCGGCCAGGCCGCAGGCUGGACCUCAUCCUCUCCUUCGACUAUUCCCUGUCAUCGCCCUUUGAGGCGCUGCAGCAGACUGAGCUGUACUGCCGGACCCAGGGGCUGCCCUUCCCCCGAGUGGAGCCCAGCCCUCAGGACCAGCGCCAGCCCAGGGAGUGCCACCUCUUCUCGGACCCCGCCUGCCCCGAGGCCCCUGUCCUGCUGCACUUCCCACUGGUCAAUGCCUCCUUCAAGGACCACUCAGCCCCUGGUGUCCCGCGCAGCCCCGAAGAGCUCCAAGCUGGCCAGGUGGAUCUCACUGGAGCCACCUCCCCCUAUGCCCUGUUCAACAUGACCUACAAGGAGGAAGACUUUGACCGCCUUCUGCGGCUCAGUGACUACAACGUGCGGAACAGCCAGGGCACCAUAUUGCAGGCCUUGAGGACUGCUCUAAAGCACCGGGCCCCAGAGGCAAGGCCUCCAGGGGUGCAGACCUGA